UUUCGCGAACAGACACUUUCCUGCGCAAUCUGUUUUGGCGUGGCAUUAUUUCUAUUUUUGGUUUUUUUAUUCGCCCAGAGACUACGCCACCAUACCUAUUUCAAGUGGGCAGUUACCUUUAUAAUAAUGGAACUGCAUAUUGUUUCCUUUUUUGUGCUUGUAGCCAGGUCCUGGAUUCCAGACGUUUUAAUGUUCUUUGGGUUGUGCCUCGCCGCUGUGAUAAUUUCCAUGAUUAUUGGUUGCCACCUUUCCUAUACGAUGGAUAUGACGGAGCACAUGAGUCCACACUUUCUCCUAAGCUUCCUUACUGCCGCCGCCUCGGUUUACUUUCUUAUGAGCAGCUUUCAUAUGGAAGAGCUCAUGGCCUAUAAUUUCUUUAUUUUUGAGAUGUUACUUAGUGUGGUGAUGCUAUCGUUCGUCAUGUUGCAUGCCCAAACUAUCAAGGGCGACCGUCUGGUCCAGAUGAAUCUUCGGGAAUACCUUCUGUCCGCUCUUCUCAUCUACCACGAGUUUCUGGCCAUCUAUGUCAUGACCUUUUAUUGGCAAAUCCGCUAUGCGUACUUCACUCCCAAUGACUUUUUCUGGUUUUCGACAAGUACUACUGUUAAACUGGCCAGAAACACCCUACAUCCUGACUUGGAUGAGGAAGAUGAAAUUAAUCCUGAGGACGAUUCAGAUAGCUGGGUUUACGGAAAUGAAACCAUUGACCCUGAUCUAAUCGGAAGAAUGAUAAGUGUCACUUACCUGAAAUAAAAUUUCCUUUUUUUGUGAAUCGAGUUGGAUUGGAGCCUCUUGUCAAGAUGUCUAUAUUCUGUCUCGGCUGGAUGUUUUUGGAAGAUAUCUUCUUAGCUGUUGGUG